AUGAUGCCAUUGACAAUCUUUAACGAUGAAAUGAUGGAUCCAUCCUCGACAUCAGCACCCUCACCGUCACCACCAUCUCUCACAACUCCCACAUCCCACCUGAAUCAAUCAACAGAUUCAACCGUGCCACGCGCGCCCCUCACUGUUCCCAAGCCUCUGCUGGUGGUCCCGCUCGCAAAUUUUACUGAUCCCAAACAAGAAGUCCUGAUUUCCCGAAUUCAGACCUUCACACCAUGGCGUAAAGCCAAAGUUUGGACACCAAGACCAGGCAGCCUCCAUAUCCCACUACAGCCCAGAUCAAAGUAUUUCCCUCCACCCAUCCCAGACAGCAAAGGACACAUCUAUGAACUAGCCAUCCUUCUCCAUCGUUUGGGUCAUUCUAAGUUCUUGGUGGCUGAUGGCUUGACCUUGCGGCAACUGGCAGGCGAUUGUCGAUAUGGUGAAGAAGAGGACCUGUCGGUGGUGCUUGUUAAUAUCAAGCCACCGCCUGAAAGGAAAAGCAUCAAAAGCUACUUUAAAUCUUUGAGUCCUCUUGUGUUGGCUGAAAGACGAGUCAUAUACAGAUCGUCUGAGGAAUGGCGUAUCACCGAUAGGGCGGAUGAGUAUGGGGAUGACGAUGCGGAUGACUCGGAUGACGAUGCGGAUGACGAUGGAGAUGAGAAUCAUGAUGAUCAGUUGCUAAUUGAUGAUUCUCCCAUAAUGUGA